ACUCUGUCUGUGUGGGAGUGUACGGAUCCCUCGCUUAAAAUGUGGGAAUUGUAAAGGAAGAACGCGACUUUUUGAAGAGAGGAGACAUUCCGGAGGUAGGAGAAAAAGAAAAGGCCACUUUUAUUUAAAAAGAAAUAUAGAUAGAUGGUAGAAUUACAACAGUGAGCAAGUUUUAAAGAAGGCUCGAAUGAAUGUUUUCGUUAGUUUUGGAUUGACUGAACGCAAGUUGGAAUAUACUGGCUGUGAAGAACGUUUUGCACGAGAAAAGAAAGAUGAUGGAGCAGUAUGUUUAUACUUAACUUUCUUGUGGUGGUUGUAAUUAGGAAGAUCAGAAGAUUCCUAUUACCAUGGCUAAGCUGUGGACAGAGGAUGCAGAUGUUGGAGAGUUAUUAUCCAGUAUUCAUCUUGAGAAAUAUGAGAAUGACUUCAGACAAGGAGGCUAUUGCACUGCUAGAGACCUUUUUUGCCUUGACAAUGAAACUCUGUCUAAAAUUGGGGUAAUAGCCACUGGCCACCGCAAACGGAUCUUAAAACUUGCUAAACAAAUACAGGAUGGGUCACUUUCAGAAGAGGGAGAGGCAUCACUAGAUUGUCUCAUUACAGAGCCUACUCUUGAGAAAGGCCUCCAGAAAGAGUUAAAUGACUUGAAAGUAUAUACUAACCCAACUAUUCCUGAAAGAAAACUUAUGGCUUCUAAAAUGUCUGGCACAUUUGUGGAGUCUAUAAAGGAAAAUGUUGCAGUUUUAGAGAAACCAGUCCCAAAACCCAGGACAGUAUUCAGCAAGACAAAACCAUUAACAGAUACUUUACCACAAAUUACAACUGCAGCUCCAGUGUCUCCAGAUGUAUCACCUCAGGAAUCCACUACAAGUCCUUUCAUUGUUUUGGAGGGUUUUCGUCCUGGGGAAUCAAGCACAGAUACUGAAGAUGCUGACCUUGAAGAAUUACCGAGCACAAAAGGUUUUCAGAAAGGCAUUAAUAGCUGGAGCUCCACUGAAUCUAUACCAAAACCAGAGCAAAUAUCUGAGAACCUACCUCCAGUUCCACCCCGGAUCCACCGAGGAAUUCCCCCAAUCACUUUUUGUGGCAAAGCAGAGCAAGAAGAGAACUUGGCAUCACCUCUGUCAUCCUCUCCUUGCUCGUAUAGUAGCACUGGAGAAACAUCGCCUUCUGCUCCAAGUACCCCAGAAAAACAGGUGGAAAUGGUGCCAAAUGAAAUCUAUUUAGGUAUCUCCCAUGUCACUCAGGAAAUCCCACAUCCACGGCCAGUCCCACAACCUCCAUUCAGAAAGGAAGCCAAUGCCUCAGCUGAAAAUAUCAGCCGUUUAAGUAGCAGUAUGGUGGAGUUAACAGUGAUUCCUGAGCCUUCCAGUAGAGACAGAGUUUUACUGGAAGAAGAGAUUAACCCAUAUUGUGAAACUGUGUUUCACAGAAGCAGUUCAGAUCAUCAGCAGAUUUCUAAAAAUCAAAGGAACACAGAGUCUGGUACUUGCAACCAGGAUCAUUUAGGGACUUUCAGGCAGAACUGUGCUACCAAAGAUGGGCUGAUCCCUAGCACUCCAUUAAACAAGUCUGAAGAUUAUUUCACAGUGGGAGUACCUAACACAUCCAGUCAGUCAUUCUGUCUUCCUACCUGUUCCUAUAAUGAUGAAUAUGCUGAUGACUUGACCAUUUCCCCUUAUGCAAGUUUUACAUUUGCUGCGGACCCAGCCCACCCCAUCAUCAGUGGCUGGCUGGAGAAGUUGUCUCCUCAUGGAAACUGUGUGUUUCAAAGGCGCUAUUCCAAAUUUGAUGGGAAAAACUUAAUGUACUUUAAUAAUGAAAAGGAAGUUUAUCCAAAAGGGGUAAUCCCAUUGGCUGCCAUCCAAAUGGUGCGACCUGCAAAAGAGAGUAAAUUUGAAAUUGUCACAAGCCAAAGGAUUUUUGUUUUCCGUACUGAGAAUGAAACUCAGCGGAAUCAUUGGUGUAAAACACUACAAGACAGAGUGAAAGAUAAGUUAGUAUCAGCUAAGCCCAGAUUAGGGCUGGGCAGUCAGUGUCAGAAGAGUGGCUACUUGGAACUUAAAGGCACCAAAUCCAAAAUCUACACAGCUAUUAUUAAUGACAAGGUGUGGCUUUACAAGAAUGAGCAGUGUUUUAAGAAUGGAAUUGGAAUAACUCUGAUUGAUAUCCGUGGUGCAACAAUAAGAGAAAGCAAACACAAAACAUUUGAGUUGAUAACCCCUUUUAAAACUUUCAGUUUUACUGCUGAGUCUUGGCGAGAGAAAAAAGAUUGGAUGGAAGCUUUACAAGAGUCUAUCGCAGAGACCCUUUCUGAUUAUGAAGUGGCUGAAAAGAUAUGGUCUAACCGAUCUAAUAAGACUUGUGCUGACUGCAAGGCUAUUAAUCCUGACUGGGCUUCCAUCAACCUCUGUGUAGUGAUCUGCAAGAACUGUGCUGGUCAGCACAGAGGCCUGGGUACAACCAUUUCUAAGGUUCAGAGUCUAACACUGGACACAAGUGUAUGGAGCAAUGAAAUAGUACAACUAUUUAUUAUGAUUGGAAAUGAGAGGGCCAACAGAUUCUGGGCAGCUCGUCUCACUCCAUAUGAAGAGUUGGAUCCAGAUGCCACUGCUGAACAGCGCAGGGAAUUCAUUGGCCUCAAAUAUCGAGAUGGCAGAUACAGACUGCCCCAUCCUAGGUUUGCUACACAGGAUGACCUGUUAAAGGCCCUUUGUACAGCUGUAGCAGAGCAGAACCUUCUUCAAAUUGUGCCUCAGAUCUUUACUGAAGCAGCUGAAGCCCUUGAUUCAAAUUUAUAUGACCAGUGUCAGGCACCUAGUCUUGGACGAGUCUCAGAGUCUCAAAGUUACAAGUCUAUAGAAUCAAGCUCUACAGAAGGACUGGACACAGGAAGUGUGUAUGAUGAAAUCACCCAGCCAGUGAUAUAUUCAGGAUACCUUUACAAGUCAGCAUCAAUUAGCAAAACAUCAACAAAGAAAAAUAAAGAAGAAUACCAGAAGAAGUGGUGUACCUUGGAUCGUUGUCUGCUCUUCUAUGACUCUGAAAAGAGAAAUGAUCCAAGCCUAAAGAUUGACAUGAAUGAAAUUAUUUGUUUAGGAGUCAGCAGACAUGAGUCUCCUAAUAGUCCCGGACCUUGUGACAGGUUUCGAUAUACUUUCGAAGUUUACUUGGUAUCAGAAAAAGUAUACCAGUUUGGGGUUGAAACUGCAGAAGCUUUGCAUGGCUGGACAAAUUGUAUAGGAAAGGCUUUUACAUCCUUGAAUUGCCACUGCCUGCUGGCCAGGGAGUUUGAACGAGUGGGGCGACUGAAAUACAAAGCCAUGUUUGAUCCUGAGCAGUGGAAAGAAGGAUACUUUGUGUUACAGAAAUCAAAUUUGUUCAUUUGUCCUGGAAAUGAAAAGGCUGCUGAAGACAGUGUGAAUCUCAGGCGGCUGCAAGAAUUAAGUGUUACCACACAAAUGGAAAAUAAUGAAAAAAAAGAUAUUUUGGUGCUGGUAGAGAAAGGAAGAACACUGCAUCUCCAGGGAAUGGCCCGGGUUGAUUUUUCAAUGUGGUACCAGGACAUCCAGACUGCAGCAGGAGGAAAGGGGAAUGCACUUCGAGACCAACAACUCAGUCGAAAUGAUAUCCCUAUCAUAGUAGACAGCUGUAUUGCAUUUAUUACACAGUAUGGCCUUAGACAUGAAGGAAUCUACAGAAAAAAUGGAGCCAAGUCAAGAAUUAAACUUCUCAUGGAUGAAUUUCGGCAGGAUGCAAGAAAUGUUAGGCUGCGCAUUGGUGAUAACUUUAUUGAAGAUGUGACAGAUGUACUUAAGAGAUUCUUCAGGGAAAUUGAUGAUCCAGUAUUUAUGGCUGAACUCCAUCCACUGUGGCAAGAAGCUGCUGAGAUUCCUCAAAAGUUGCGUCGCUUGGAGAGGUACAAAGAUCUCAUUCGUAGUCUGCCUAGAGUCAACAGAACAACUCUUGCCGCACUUAUUGGUCAUCUUUACAGAGUACAGAAAUGCGCAGAUCUGAAUCAAAUGUGCACCAAGAAUUUGUCCUUACUGUUUGCACCUAGUCUGUUCCAGACUGAUGGAAAAGGUGAACAUGAGGUGAAGAUUGUGGAAGAUCUAAUUGACAAUUACCUAUAUGUUUUUAAUAUCGAUGAAGAGCAAGUAAACCAAAUGGAAUUGGAGAUAAGCCUUAUUACAACUUGGAAAGAUGUGCAGUUAUCUCAAGCAGGAGAUCUAAUCAUUGAAGUGUAUUUGGAGAAAAGGUUACCAGAUUGCUGCAUCACCCUAAAAGUGUCGCCCACAAUGAGUGCUGAAGAGCUGACUAAUCAAGUCCUAUACUUGAGAAACAUACCAGCCUGUGAUAAAGACAUUUGGAUAACCUUUGAAGCCAUAGAAUGUGGAGAGCUUGAAAGACCCCUUCACCCUAAAGAGAAGGUUCUGGAGCAGGCUUUGCAAUGGUGUAAGCUUCCUGUGCCCAGCUCAGCUUAUCUAGUUGUUAAGAAGAUUCCAAGUAUUACAGCUAUUGAUAUUUUUACUGGAUAUAAGAAUGAUGUUGUGAAGGGUGGGAUGCUGAAGUGUCGAGAGGAGCCACCCAAGCUUCUACAAGGAAACAAGUUUCAAGAGCGACUUUUCCAAAUCAGAGAUCGCAAACUUCUGCUACUGAAAGAUAAGAAGAGUAACAAACCAGAAAAGGAAUGGAUGUUGCAAACUUUGAAAGUGUAUUUGGGUAUUAGAAAAAAACUAAAGGCCCCAGCACAGUGGGGUUUUACUGUGUUCUUGGACAAGCAUCAGUUAUAUCUGUGUUGUGCAGGAGAGACUGAAAUGUGGGACUGGAUGACAAGUAUAUUGAAAGCCCAGCAUGAUGAUCUGAGGCCUGCAGUUUUACGGCGACAUUCUUCUUCAGACCUUUCCAAGCAGAAAUUUGGAACAAUGCCCUUGGUUCCUAUUCGUGGAGAUGAAAGCAACUCUACAAUGGUUUCUGCCAAUAAGACACUGAGAAAGUUACAUGCUAGGAGGACACUGUCAAUGUAUUUUCCUAUGAAGAUGCAUCAAGACUCUUUUGAGGAGCAGACUGGAAGUGCCGAACCUCUUUACGAGGAAGUAGGUGAAUUCAAUCUGCAGGUGCUAAAAUCUCUCGAGACGAGCUUCUUGACAGGAGCAGAUCCCACCACCAAAGCAGUGGAAAUAGACCUUACAAAGACUGCACCCCCAGAAAGGCCAGUUAGCUUGGACCAAAGGAAGACUGCCUCCCUGGAAAGGAUCAUUAACCCUAGUCCUGCCAAAUCAUUCUCUGUUGAUGGCUGUAGAGGAUUGACUCCUGCUGUCUCCAUGGACAGACUCAGAAACCCAGAACAUGUCAAGUCUUUAAUUCUGGAGAACAAUUCAGCUGUAACUUCAGAUGAAACCUUUAGACUAUUUCCAAAAACCAAGAGCUUAGGAAUAAAUAGUGAAUCACAAGAAAAACUUCUUCAGGAACUGACCAGUGCAAUUCAAAAGAAAAGCGAAACUGGGAAUGUACCUAACCAGACAGGAUAGACCAUCCUCUCAGAAAAAGUGUCAUUUCUAAAACCUAUACUUCAGACUACUGAAACCUAAGCCUUUCUGUGACAACAGUCUCCCAUGAUGUUUUAAAUUGUUCAUCACUGAAGCACAGAGUACUUAACAUGCAGAACAAAGCACUUUCUUUAUAAAUGCAAUGUACAGUACUCUUGUAUUGGAUUUGUUAAUGGAUGCUGUAAAGUUUUAGUCGAAAACAUGAAGAGAUUUUUAAGUUUUCAAGCUAAAAAGCUGGUCUUCGGUGCUUGUAAGAGUAAUAUUGUUCUAAGUGAGAUCAUGUAGAAUGUACUGUUCAUUCCAAAGGUUUGUCUUCGUAUCAUAAAAUAGAAUGAAAAGUGUAGUUUAUAUUUCAGAACAAAGAGCUCACAUGACCUGAAAGUGAAGCAGAAAUCCUACCAUGAAGCUUUUGGAAGAAAUCCCUCAGAAAUUAUGCAGCUUGAAUUGACGUAAUACCUCAUUGGAAUUUAAUAUCACCCUUUAUUAUAUAUUAAAAAUUGUGCAUUUCAGAAUUUUUCUAGGCAUUCACUCAAACAGAUUCUUAGACUCCAAAUGAAUAUCAGCAUUAGCGGUGCAAUCAUGUUAACUCCUGUGAAUGUCUUCACUGACAUUUCUAGCUGGGCAAACCAGACAGCUUGGCUUCAAGUGGUCUGCCCAGUCAUUCUUCAUAGAGCACCAAAUGAACUACAAUGAAGAAUGGUCACAUCAUCAUCUAAACAUUAAGGUUUCUAAAAGCAUAGAUAAGCAAAAAAGUAUACAGAUCUUUAUAUCCAGCAGUUUUAUGUUUGUUUGAUUUUUAAUUAAAAGUAGUCAUUAAUGCAUGUUUUGGGUAAGGAACUACAGUACUUCAGUGUUUUCAGUUUAGUAACAGUGCAAAAGGUUGUAAAUCUAUAAAAGGUCUUAAUAGAUGAGGUAAGCCUUGAUUACUCAUUAUUCUAAAAAUUAAGUAAUUUCAUGAAAGUGUUAAUGUGUUCUACAUGAUUUUCCUGGCUUGUGAUUUUUUUUAAUUAUGAGUAUUGUGAAUCAACAAUUAUUUAAUAGAUGAAGGAUUCCAAUUCUAUGAAGUCCAAGCAGGUCACAUGCAGUGCUCUGAAUUCCAACUAUUUAACUGUGUUUUUUACAUUGUAAAUUUAAAUAGUACAUUUACUAUGUAAAUGUUUGUGCAGUUAAAAUGUUUUUGUCAUGUCAGUUACACAGUAAAAUGAUUUGAGAUAUUGUUUGUUUUAAAAGUUGCAACAUAAAGUGAGCAGUGAUUGAUUUACAGUUCUAAUCAAAUACCAUGUAAUGUAGCAAUGCUAUGUAAAUUUAAAUAUCUGAUCUUUGUAAGGUUUUAUGCAAGUCAUCCACUCAUACGUUCACAUCAUACAAAAUGCAAACAUUUUUACUAAAAUGUUGUUAAAUAAGUCACUUACACAAAAUGCUCUGGUGGACUUAAAUGGAAUGCGUCCAAACACAACUGGGCAUUUUGUAUUAAAGACCCGCCUCCAUCCUUACUCAUUGGUCAGGGGUCCAGCCCAAUAACACCUUAUUCAUUGGCUAACAUUGCACUUCAUGUGAUGUCAACGGGGCAAAGUUCACUGAGACAGGUAUACAACUAAGGAUUAAAUGUUACAGAAAGGAGUGUGCAAUACUAGAUGUCGGAUAAGCCAUCAUUCUCUGACAUCUUGGAAAGGAAAGAAGGUUGCUUUUUAUUGCUCUGUUUGAUGUUAAGUAUUCAUCUUUACUGUAAUUUAAUUAUCUUGUUUUUUAUCUUUUUUGUUUUUUUGAAAACUGAGUCCUUACCAUUUUAAGGUAAUUGUUUGGGGUCACCUGCAGCAAAGAAUACAUAGAAAUAUCUGGAAAAUGAGCAACACUGAAGAAGACUCUGACCUGUUUUUUUUGUGAUUUUAUUUUACUCUUUCAUUUUUUUUAUGAACUCCCAUCUUAAUGGUGCUUAUUAAGCAUGCCAUGCUAAAAUAUCUGUACAUACACACACACCAAUGCAUAUAUAUAAUUUCUAAUGGAAGAUGUACACAACAGUUUUUUGAUGGCUCAUACAAACUCAUGAUAGCCAGACUUACACACAUGGCCAGGAACAGGUUUGUGUUCUGUGUAAUAAUCAUUACUGCUAUUUCUCAGAAACUUCCGUAAGCAUUUCUAAUUUCCUUUUGCAUACUUGAGAAUUUGAAAGAAAGGCUAAGGGAUUUUAUUUUUAUUUUCUUUUAGAACAGUGACAUGCCUUGUUGCCUCACACUGGGGUUUCACUUCUGCUGACUUGCUAAGUUCUUUCUAUUUUGAAUCCAUCCAAUUCAGUCCUUGGUUAAAAGAUACUGAGCAGUAGUCCACCAAAAACAAAACUAAGCCGUCUAUUGUUUAUCUGUAAAACUAAGUUCUGUUAAAGCUCAUACAAUAAAUGGAAUGAUGGAGCUAACAGCUCUCUGUUUUCUGUUACCACUAGAGGUCACUAUUAGACCAGAUGUUGUUAUGGUGGUGGUGAGGGCAGCGGCAUUUGAACACUUCACAUUUUGAGUUUUGCUCAUUUAAAAUAAAAAUAAGCAAUUCCCGGUGAUUUUUGUUUCAGUAUUAAUCAUGUAUUUAUUAGUCAUCUAAGCAGAAUAUUUUUUGUUGAUAAAGUAGACUACUAUGUCUGUGUGCAUAUUUAUUUAAGAUAGUAAUGCAAUAUUAUAUCACAGUGUAUUAAUAAUAAGAGAUUGUUUGUGGUUAAAUACUUUGAGACCCAAAGUGUUUUGUAUUAACUAAGUAGCUACAAAUGAAAGUGGUGUGACACAUUGUUAGAAUUGUAGUGGUUGCUAUUGUAAAAAAAAACAAAAAAACAAAAACAAACAGUAUUAAUGAGUAGUUUGCGACCUCUUUGGCUUUCAUAGCAUGAAAACAGUGUUAAAACAGUUGAUUUCUAAGCACUUUAACAUGGUCAAUAACUUUUCAAUGUAUUUUAACAUUUUUACUUCAGUCAGAUCUUAAUAAAAUGUAUAGUUAAAGAUGAACACAGAUUUUUAAAAUGAUUUCCUGAAACCACUUGCUGCAUCUUUUGGUUACAAAAAUACAAAAGCAAAUCAUCUUGGUUUUAAGAAAUGAAAAUGUCUAAUGCAUAUGCGAGACCCCACAAGAGCAUAAACUGUUUCCGUGUUUAAAACUAAUAUAUAUAUAAAUAGCUACAUAUAUAUAUAUAUAUAUAUAUAUAUAUAUAUAUAUAUAUAUAUAUAU